GAAGAAUUUCCUCUACAAGUGUUGAUUUUUACAUCGUAACAUACUAUGCUAGAAGAUUUUGAUGUUACUGUCAGUACUUGGUAGUUGCUUUGAAAAGAUAUUGCGGGUUUCUAAAUGGUGUCGCGAUCCCUAUGGAGACUGAAGCAGCUCAGCCAGACGAGGGGCCCAAUGCGGCUGCUCCGGCCCCAACGAAAAAGCCCACCAUGGACAUCUACGUGCCCAAGAAACAGGCCGAGAAAAUGGAGAAGCCUCAGACAGAUGGUGACAAGAAAUCCAGACCCAGGCCCCGGUACACUGACAAGGCCCGCAAGAACAAGAAGGAUAAAGCCAAAGCAACAGAGACUCCAAACGGAGAGGUAAAGCAGGAGGAGGGAGAUAAAGAAAACCUAAACAUGCACACAGAAAAAGAGGAGGAGUCUAGAGAUGAUACGGACAGUGUAUCCAGAACUAUGAACACACCAGAGGACACGGGGAGCGCACUAGAACAUGAUGGGGUGCCAGAGGAGGAGGAUGAAGAGGAGAACUGGGAUUCUUUGUUUAAUGAUGAUGGUGACUGUCUUGACCCACAUUUAGUGGAGGAGAUGUCUCUUACGGAGGGCCGCAAGAAGUCGUCUAUACAGGAGGCACGCUCCGACAGCUAUAAUUGGACGCCGGAGGAGGAAGAGGAGGUGGAGCUUCGGGACGACGAGCUGUCACACAUCGUGGAGAUUUACGAUUUCCCGUCUGAGUUCAAGACGGAGGACUUGAUCAGAUCCUUCAGCUCGUUCCAGUGUGUGAAGCUCUGAUCAUGAAUCGUCUCAGUAGUGCUGAAAUUGAUGAAAAGAUAAUAAUUGAUUAAAUCGAACCACCAUUUAAUAAAUGGGGCCUUGCAGUUAAUCAAGCUAAAACUGAAAUAACGACAUGUCUUAUCAAAUCAAAGGCUG